AUGUCGGAUUUGAGUUCGUUACAUUUUACCACUGCGUUGGGUGAAGACAUGACAAGUGAGGCGGGAAAAACUAUGACGAAAAAAAUCAAGGUGCAGUUGACCCGCGUAUUUUGGAAAGUACCGGUGAUUAAAGUUGAUGACCGGGAGAGGUUGAAGCUGUUGAAAAUUGUGGAUAGCAAAAAAAUAAUACAUUGCGCCUUUAGAAAUUGGGAGCUUUGCGAGUACCCGAAUCUACCGCAGACGAAUAAACACUCGUGGAUGGUGAAAACAUGCUCGCAGGUGGAAAAACCUAGGUGUUUAAUAAUCGCUUUCCUCAUCAAUUCUCCCGGUACUGUGUCGGAUGGCUAUAACGUCGAUUAUGACACGUGCUCACUUACAAACGUUAAAGCGUAUAUUAAUUCAGUCGAAUAUCCGUAUGAAGAUUUUAACAAGAGCUUUGACAAAAAUCUGUUCACGAUGUUUUAUCAAAGUUAUGCUGAUUUCCAAAAACAUUAUUACGAACGACUCGACGCUCAACCAUGUUUGACAAGACAGAAAUAUAAAAAGUUGGGACCAUUUAUCUGUAUAGAUUGUUCACGGCAAAAUGAUGAUGCCAAGAUUUCCAACGUAGAUCUCCGCGUUGAAAUCGAGGCGGAAAAAUAUUUCCUAGCUAACACGGCUGCCUACUGUCUAGUUAUUCAUGAUCGAGUCAUUCAGUACAAUCCGCUUACCGGAGAAGUUAGAAAAAUGUGA